AUCAGAAAACGCGCGCGCGGCCUUAUAGCUCAUUUUUAGUAGCUAUCGACGAUGGCAGAAGCCAGCGGUGGCGCGCCCGCGAACGCGGCGUCGCAGAGCAGCUUAAAUGACCAGCUGCUUGUCGCCGCCGGGAUGGGGGACCUCGCAGCGCUGCGCGAGGCCCUCGCCGCGGGUGCCGACGUAGAGGCGAGGAUGACCGAGAAUGGCGUCACCAGGACGCCACUCGCUCGCGUUGUCAAUCCCCCCAUGUCCAUAUCUGACGAAAGGAGGACAGCGUGCGUACGCGCCCUGCUUUUAGCUGGCGCAUCGCUCUCAGCGCCCAUAACAACUCCUGGGGGGAAUCGUUGGAUGCCGUUGCAUGACGCAGCAUUCCUUGGGUUGUACACAGUGUGCAGACUGCUUCUAGACGCCGGCGCAGACGUGAACGCACUGCACGGAGACACUUAUACUCCGCUUCACUACGCUGCAAACCGUAGCCACCAAAAGAUCAUCGCCCUGUUCCUCUCGCGCGGGGCCGUAGACGGCCCGAACGUGGACCGAUUGGCUAGUUCAUCGUACCUCGAGAAGGUCAGGGCCGCCGGCGGUUUCGCAAACUACCAGAAGCAGCACCGCGCAAAGCUGGUCGCGAUGCUCGCGCCGAAGUUCGCCCACAUGCUCCCGCCGGAGCUUGUGUCCGUCGUGAUCAUGUUCUGGGCCCCUGUCGGCCUCCACUAGUUGUGCCGUGUGUAAAGUGAAAUAUAGAGC